GCCCUCCACCUCCGCCAGCCGCCCCUCGGCGCUUGCCGCCUUCCGCGUGAGGAUUGCGCCUGCCCCUUCAAAGCAGCCCGGCCAAAGCGGGGCUGCACCCGAGGCCUCCGACGGCCUGGCACCCACAGAACGGCACGGCAGCGGGGCCGGGCUCGCCCUCUUCGGUGUAGGGCUCGUUAAUAAAGCCCUGUUUCAAAGCCUGAUGGAGGAGAACGGCUGCCGCUUGCUUUACGUUGUGGAGGAUCAGCUGGAGGAGGUGGAGCGCACCUUUGGCGCCGAGUUCCUGGCUGGCACCAGGGUGCUGCGGCAGCAGGACGCCGAUGUCGCGCUCAACGAUCAGCGGGUCUCUGGAGCCAUUAUUUGUUCACCACCUGAAGAAGCCUCUGAGAUGGUAAUAGACGCUUUACGAGCGGGGAAAGGCGUGUUUUGCGAGAGGCUGCCCAGUUUCGACAGGCAGACGGCAGAAGCCUGUUUCGAUGAAGCUGACAGAUGCGGAAGACCGCUGGUGUGUGGAUUCUACAAGCGCUUUGACCCGGCGCUGCAGUUCUUGUACAAGAAAGUCCGUGACAGCCAGGCGCUGGGGAGGAUCCACCGGAUAUCGGCGACCAGCAGCAUAUAUCCAGCAGCGCCCCUCAGCUUCCUGCAGACAUCAGGUGGAAUUUUUUAUAACGCUGCUGUGCACGAUAUAGACAUGAUCAGUUUGUUGUUGGGAGAGAGCGCGCCAGAUACAAUAUUCUCACUGGGGCACGCAUUCUGUGCAGAUAUGGCCUGCUUGAAGGAUGCAGACACUGUAGCGGUCAGCAUGAAAUUCCCUAGCGGAGCAAUUGUUACUUUGGACGUCAGUCAGCACUGCACUAAAAGCUGUGAUCAGAGACUAGAGGUCCACGGUUCUCAAGGGACGUUACGGGUAGAUAACCAGAAUCCCCUGGGGAUCACAGAGCACGGGACUUCGGUAUCCCUAUACUCACAGACCCAAGCCGAUCGCUACAGAGAUGCGCACAGGGAGCUCUUUCGACACUUUCUGAGAACCCUGAAAGGCAAGGAGCCCCCCGUGAUAACCAAAGAGCAGUUCCUCUGGACGAUUCAGGUCGCCGCAGCUGCCGAGCAGUCCUGGAGAAACGGAUCCGCCGUUGACUUGCGCAACGAAGCAAUAGAUUCGUCUGUAAUCAAGACAGAGAUAAUGUGAUGCGCGCUCCUGUUUUCCGAGGCGAAGGAUAACCGCUAAGCUGUGCUACGGUGAGGUCUGCCCACCUCGUGAUGUCUCCACUGUAACCUUAAAAUAAGACUUGCGGUUUUGACGUUUCUGCUGGGAAUGCCCAGAAGACGGAGGCACUUUUGAACCAGAAGCGCUCGGCGCCGAGGCUGCGGAUGUUUCUUAGGGCGUCAGCCAGAGCCCUGGGCAGCUUCGUCCAGGCGGCUUCUCCUCCUGGAGAGCUCUGGCUGUGGAGCUCUGUUUUCCUGGGAGAAGACCGAUGCUCCUCGGGCCGUGGCGAGGUGGUGUAGGCCACCGCCAGCCGUGACGGGGGCGGUGCAAGUGGGUGGCUUCCCUGGCAGCUUCGCAAGCGAGAUGACGUGAUGCUCAAAAAAAUAUGGGAGCACCCGUCUGGUCCACGCUCAUUUCCCUGCAAUAUGAGCAGGAACGUGACUUCUGUGCGGAACUCACCUCUGGGCCUCCCUAUUUAUUGUUUUGGUUUUACUGGGUUUUCUAAAUCUUUUUGGAAAGAAGUUACCGUCUGAUUUCCUUGGGGGGUGAGGAAAAGAAAUGGAAAGGCAGGGAGGGGAACCUCCGACCGUUGUGACGCUAGAGAGACGAGAGACUUCGUAGUAAGGCCAUAAAUUAGGGCCGUUCCGUAGAGGAGCAACACACGUGGGCAUUUCAGUACUGGACACUGCAUGGUUAAAGGGUUUUCUCCAGGCUGCAGCCUGUGAAUUUGCACAGGGGCCCUGUCCGGUGUCUGGGGCUGAGCCCGCAGCCGGGCUGAGCGCGGGCUGGGUCGCUCGGGGCGGCAGCGAGGUCGCUGGCGGGAGGCUCUUGUUUUCCUCACUUAGAUGCAAACGCCGUAUGUUAACGUUUUAGUAGCAAAAUGAACUCAUAAUCGUGUUCUCUGAGUGUAGGAAGGGCAUCUGAUUGUCUGUUCUAAAGGUAUUUUUUUUUACAGUCCAGCAAAUUUUAUAAUAUCCACUGCAGGAAAAGAUAGUGCCUUCGACACCAGGCAAGUCUGCUUCUGAGCCAGGUUCUGUCCCUUUUUACUCCUGUGCUGAGCCUAUCGCAGACGUAGAGAUGUUACUGUUCUCUGUCUCUCACGCCCGUUUUCAGGAUCUCCCGAAGGCUUUUUUUACUCUGUUAAAACAACGUUCUUGCCUUGAGUGCCAGUUUAUAAACGACGCUUCUUGCGAGGUUCAGUUCAAUCCAUUUCCAGUUCCUACAUAUGGAGUAUGUAUCACUAAAAGUAGAAAUAGCGGUGACGUUUAUAACCGAAGACAAUUCUCAUGUGGAAAUUGUUUUUAACAGUGUAAUUUUUCAAACU